UCAACCGAAGAGAGAACAUUGAGCAUAAACAUGAUUAGUUCCCUUUUUCAGUUGUCAUCAAAUAUGGGUGUAGUAGGAACUUCUUUCAUGCCAAAGACAAGCAUGAUCCAUUUCCAAAGUUUCAAGCCUAACCAACACAAAAACAACAUUUCAGUGAUAAGAUGUAAGGACCCAACUCCUCCAGCAGUUGAGCCAGGAAGAAAACCUCCACAAACGAAUAGUGUAUUGACGGUUAAACCAAUAGCAACAAAACUGAGAAAGGAAAGAGCUGCUAUUCCAAGUUUCGUCGUCGAUGUUGAAGAUGAUAAGAAAAACCAGUUGAGCCAGGAUGAAGACCUCCACAAACUACUGCUCGCUGCAGGAACUCAAUAUCGAUCGCCGCAUUAA